AAGUCGGACACUUAACCGACUAAGCCACCCAGGCGCCCCUCCUAUUUCUAAAGCUUUCUGAAACUGUCAUUCGUGUAUAUAAUUCUGGGCUGCAGUAAUAAAAUACCACAGACUUGGUGGCUUCAGCAACCCACAUUUGUUUUUCACAGUUCUGGAGCCUGGAACUCCCAGGACCAAGGUGUCAGCAGACUCAGUACUCACUGAUGGACCGGUUCCUGGCUUGCAGGAGCCUGCCUUCUCAAUGUGUCCCAACAUGGUAGAGACAGAGAGAGAGCUGUGGUCUGUUCCUCUUAGAAUGAUUCCAGUCCUUUCACGGGGGACCUCUUCUCAUGACCUCAUCUAAACCUAAUUACCUCCCAAAUGCCCCCCCUCUGCAUACCAUCAUAUAGGGAAUUAGGGCUUUGACAUAUGGAUUUGGGUGGGGGUGGAGGGGACACAGGCAUUCAGUCCAUAACAGUGACUGUACUGAGAUCAGCAGAGUCUUUGUGAGGAUUAACUCAGUGAAUGUUUUUAAGUUUCCAAGCAGAGUCCUGUUUAUUAAACUUUGAUUUUGUCUUCUUAUUUUCUGGACGCUAGGUGUAAGGAGGUGAGUUACAUCUACUACUUUUGGUGAUGUAAUGUCAUUUUUUCAUGGAGUACAUUUAGGUACCAACAAAAUUUUGCUUUUCCUGCAUAUGGUUGGCACUCUCUGAGUGGAAAUCCAGAGGAAGAGACGCGGUGGCCGAACCCUUGAUGAUGCAACUGCAGAAAACAGGAUUAACAUAUGGAGGAUUGAUGCAGUGAUCAUUGGUGUUAAGAAUGGAGAGCUCACUGCAGGAGAGAUUACUGUGGGGCUAUCCUUCCAACUUGCCAUCUCAGCCCCUAACCGGACCGCAGGACCUGUCUGCUCUGAUAUCUUAUAAAGAACACGAAUCUGUGACCUACAAAGAUAUAGCUGUAGACUUUACCCAGGAAGAAUGGGCCCUGAUGGACAUAUCUCAGAGAACGCUGUACAGAGAUGUGAUGCUGGAGAACAUUAGUCAUCUGGUCUCUGUGGGGUGUCAUUUCUUCAGAUCAGAUGUGAUCUCCCAGUCAGAACACAGAGGGGAGCUGUGGAGGGAAGAAAGAGGACCUCCCCAAGGCUGGAGUCCAGGUACGAAAAAUAGCCAUAAUAAGCAAGAAAUAAUACCUAUGCAAGAUAUCUGCACGAAGGACCCACCUAACUGCUGGACAGUACAGAGAUAUCACCCAAGAGAAGACCUCUCUGUAUAUAGUGGGUAUGAUGAAGUUUUCACUCGCGUCUACACAAUGACUCAGUAUGUCUUAAGUCACACUGGACAGAAACUGUAUAAAUGCAAUGAAUGUGGAAAACACUUCACCCGAAAUGCCAACCUUCAUACCCAUAAAAUAAGUCACACAGGAGAGAAUCCAUUUGCUUGUAAUCAGUUUGGGAGGCUCUUCAGGUAUUUUUCUUCUUUAACUAGACAUAACCGAAUUCAUACUGGAGAGAAGCCUUAUGAAUGUCAUCUAUGUGGGAAAGCAUUUGUUCGUAGUUCCCUGAAACAACAUCAGAGAACUCACACUGGAGAGAAACCAUAUUCCUGUCAACUAUGUGGAAAAGGCUUCGUGACAAAGUCUAAUCUUCGAGAACAUGAGAGAACUCACAGUGGAGAAAAACCAUAUAAAUGUCAUCUAUGUGGAAAAGCCUUUGUUCAAAGUUCUUGUCUUAGAAAACAUGAGAGAAUUCACACUGGAGAGAAGCCAUAUAUAUGUCAAAUAUGUGGAAAAGCCUUUGUUCAAAGCUCUUGUCUUAGAAAACAUGAGAAAAUUCACACUGGUGAGAAACCAUAUAAAUGUCAUCUGUGUGGAAAAGCUUUUGUUACAAACUCUGAUCUUAGAAAACAUGAGAUAACUCACACCGGAGGGGAAUCAUAUAUGGGUCAUCUGUACGGAAAAGCCUUUGUUCAAUGCGCUUCUCUUAGAACACAGGAGAAAACUCACACUGGCGAGAAACCAUAUACAUGUCAUCAGUGUGGAACAAUCUUUGUUACAAGCUCUGAUCUUAGAAAACAUGAGAAAACUCACACUGAUGGGGAAUCCUAUACAUGUUGUCUAUGUGGCAAAGCCUUUGUUCAAUGCUCUUGUCUUAGAAAACAUGAGAACACUCAUACUGCCGAGAAACCAUAUGCAUGUCAUCAGUGUGGAAAAGCCUUUGUUACAAGCUCUAAUCUUCGAAAACAUGAGAAAACUCACACUGGAGAAAAACCAUAUACAUGUCAUCUAUGUGGAAAAGCCUUUACUCAAAGCUCUAAUCUUCGAGAACAUGAGAGAACUCACACUGGUGAGAAACCAUAUAUAUGCCAUCUAUGUGGAAAAGCCUUUGUUCAAAGCUCUUGUCUUAGAAAACACGAGAAAACUCACACUGGCGAGAAACCAUAUACAUGUCACUUAUGUGGAAAAGGCUUCGUUACAAGGUCUAAUCUUCGACAACAUGAGAAAAUUCACACGGGAGAGAAACCAUAUAAGUGUCAUCUAUGUGGAAAAGCCUUCCUUCAAAGCUGUAAUCUUCGAGAACAUGAGAGAACUCACAGUGGAGAGAAACCAUAUACAUGUCAUCUCUGUGGAAAAGACUUUGUUCAAAGCUCUUAUCUUCGAGAACAUGAGAGAACUCACACUGGUGAGGAACCUUAUACUUGUCAUCUAUGUGGAAAAGCCUUUGUUACAAGCUCUAAUCUUAGAAAACACGAGAAAACUCACACUGGUGAGAAACCAUAUACAUGUGAUCUGUGUGGAAAAGGCUUCGUUAUAAGGUCCAGUCUUCGAGAACACGAAAGAAUUCACACUGGAGAGAAACCAUAUACAUGUCAUCUAUGUGGAAAAGCCUUUCUUCAAAACUCUUAUCUUCGAGAACAUGAGAGAACUCAUACUGGUGAGAAACCAUAUAAAUGUCAUCUAUGUGGAAAAGCCUUUGUUCGAAGGUCUUGUCUUAGAAGACACGAGAAAACUCACACUGGAGAGAAACCAUAUACGUGUCAUCAGUGCGGAAAAGCCUUUGUUACAAGCUCUCAUCUUAGAAAACACGAGAAAACUCACACUGGAGAGAAACCAUAUACAUGUCAUCUAUGUGGAAAAGCCUUUGUUAUAAGAUCUGAUCUUAGAGACCAUGAGGGAACUCACACUGGAGAGGAACAAUAUAUAUGUCAUCUGUGUGGAAAAACCUUUGUUACAAGCUCUGAUCUUAGAGACCACGAGGGAACUCACACUGAAGAGAAACCAUAUACAUGUCUUCCAUGUGGAAAAGCCUUUGUUACAAACUCUGAUCUCAGAGACCAUGAGGAAACUCACCCUAAUUCUAGUGAAUGAACAUCAAAGUGCCUUCAGCCACAGCGCUAAUGCGAAACCAGCCAGAGGACUCAGGUGGGGGAAGUUCCAUGGCCAUAUUCAUUAUGGAAAUGCCUUCAUUUUUAACUUCUCAACAUGAGUGAACUGCAUUUGGAGGAACCCUAUAUUUGUAAUCAAAGAGGAAGAGACAUUAACUGGCCUCUGGUCUUAGGGUGCACAAGAAGAUCAAGUCUGAAUAAUAAUCUAAUGUUCUUAACUGGGAAAUUACACAGGAAAAUCUUUAUAUAAGGAGGUCACUCUAGGAGAAUAAUAGAAAAGUUAAUGCUGGAGAACUUAUUCAUUGUUAUAUGCAUGGAAAAAAAAUGUUGACUAGUAGAAAAACUAUUGUAGACAUGUGAAGUUUCACACUCUAUGUAAUAGUGAAUGAAUGGAAGUCUUCAGAGAUUUAUAAUUCCUUAGUUAACCUGUAGUUUCUCACACUGUAUAUAUACCAUUGCUAAAAUAAGAUGAAAGGUUAGACUUUGAAUUAGAAAUCCCUGAUUAGGAAAAACAUUUAUCAAGAGUGUCUUAACACACAGUUUAGACAUUAAUUUAUAAUUUUGCCUAAUGGCCUAUUAUAAAAAUAUAAGAUAGAUAUGUGGGAUUGUGACAUCAUCUGGAAUUCUAAAUUCAGAAUUUUGUAACAGUGAUUUUUAUUCUUUCAAUUGGAGUAGUUCUUAGAAUUACAUAUGAAGCAAAGUUGUUGCUGAAAAAUCCAGUAUGUUGGUCAGGACCUAUUUUUCAUUCAGCAGUAGUAAUUAUGAUGAUUGGAUUCAACUAGAAAGUAUCUUUGAAUAUUAACAUGAAAAACAAUACAAGAUGAUGCAUCAUUUCUACAUAUUGUUAACCAUGUGUGUAGGUCGUAAUGAUGAAUUAAAGAUUGUUACAUAGAGAGUUUGUGAGUAAAUUCUAUAUAAAUUUUCACUUUAAAAUGCCAAUAUUGAGACAAUGAGGGUAUUACAUAACAAGGGGGUCCAUUCAACAGGAGGACAUAAGAUCUGUAAGUCUUCACUCAGCAUAGGAGCACCUAGGUGUAUAAAACAAAUAUGAACAGAUGUAAAGGGAGAGGCAGGUAUGCAAUAGAAGGGGGACGUUAAUACACACUUUGAUCAACGAAUGAAUCAUUCAGACAAAAUCAGAAAACUCAACCGUCAGUGACACAUUAGAUGAGAUGGCCUUCACAGAGGCACACCACACACUCCAUCCAAAAGCAGCAGAAUAACACUCUUCGCGAGUGCACAUGAGGCAUUGUCCAGAAUUGGUCAUAGCAUGGUUAGUACCAAUGGGUAAUUUUUUUCUCGUUUAUCCAACCCAUGUAAUUGUCCCUCUGCCUAUUUAAAAAAAAAACCCUGCUUUCACCCCACAGAUGGGACACUUUGCCGGUUACUGCUGGAAUCAGUGCUCCGCAAACUGCAAUUCUAUAAUCCCAAAUAAACACUCCUCUCCCUCUCCUUGUAGCUAUUGUUUUCAGGUUGGCAGAGGGGACAAGAAGUGUUUCUUUUCCUUUCUUGGCCAGGCACUGCAGAGCGAGAUCUAAGAGAGCUGACUUUGGAAGGAAGUCUUACCUUUUCUGUUUCUCCCAGUUUUUAGGAUCCCAUCCCCAGCUCCAGAAUGAGUGUGCUCACUCUGCCACUGCCUCAGAAGGUGCCAUCAUCGACCACCAAACUACUGAAGAAAAAUAAUUGUUAAAAUAAAUAUUUUAGUAUUUGUUUAUUUUUGAGAGAGGGAGGUAAUCCGGGCCGGCCUUGGGCUGUCCUCACAAAGCCCCUUGAACUUGAACCCGUUAACCAUGAGAUCAGGACCUGAGGCAAAUUCAGAUGCUCAAGACUGAGCUAUCCAGGUGCCCCGAAGAAAAAAUAAUUUUCCUCUAACCCUUCUAGGUUCUUGGCUGUGACACCCCACCUGAGCUGGGUUGCCAGGCAACACUAAAUGGGGAGCUCUCGGUCUCUGUCCCAUGGUGCGCAAAGCUGCCCUUUCCCAGGCAAGAGGGGCACGUGCGCAUUCCGCUGGCGGCCAGCGGGCUCUGGACAGUGACCACACUGGACAUGCUCACUGAAGGUUGAGGGCUGUGCCCAGCAUCCUGGAGGCUCCUCAGUCAGGGGGCGCAGACUUGCUCCUGGGCGUCUCCGUAUGGAUCACUCCACCCUCACCGGUGCCUCUUUAGGAACACUCCUUUCUCCACACCCACGGCUCAAAGCGGGAAGUGGGUGGGGGACCUGGGGGCCGGGGACGUGGGCAUGCAAAGGACAGCCGCCGCGGGAGUCUGCGAGGUCAAAGUGGAAUUUUGGGGGCAUUCCCGGUGGGGCAGGUCCAGAUGCAACCCAGCCUCCCACAGAGACAACUUUCCCUGAGAGAUGGAUGCGUUCCUUGCUAGUAAACUCUCCUUUUAAUCUCCUCUCUUUGGCUUUAAAAACCUUUUCCUGUUUCGCCCAGAGAAGCCCCCUCUCCUUGCUGGAUGCGAUGACCCCCCCCCCCAACACACACAAACCGUUUAAUAAAGUCAAUUAGAUCUUUAAA